UUCUCUACUAUUUCUUAUGAGCUUCUAAAAAAUCAAAAAUACAAUUAGUCGAUCUGUUUUUUUAGAUGCUUUGACUUAUUUCAAGCUUUGUUUUCUUAUUCUAUUAGUGGAAAAUUCUUUCUAUAAAUAAAUAAAUACAAGAACACUUGAAAUGAGUAAAAAUGUGUGGAAUAGGGUUUAGUAAUUAUAUAUUUGGUUGAUCUUGUAAUUUUAUAAUAUGAAAUACUGGAUAGAGUCGACUAUAUUAAAUCAUUUCUCUUGCUAAGAUGCCAUUGUUUGCACUACAAGACAUUAAGAAAGUAGAACACACUGGCUGGACAUGGGAUUAAGUUUAGGGGCUCGAUUUUUAUUUAUUUAUUUUUUAUUUUAUUUUAUUUUUUUGUGCAGGCACAAGCAAAUUCUUGUGCUCGCUAACCUUGGUGAUAUGAGCCCAGUGUUUUUGCUAAUUAAAUGAUGUAGAUUAUAUAGAUAUGCUUAAUUAGUUGAUUACCUACUUUUUCCUGUUCUCAACCAGCAGGUAUUUGCAUACAUUUAUUUGGGUGGAAAUGGAAAUAGGUGGAGUGACUCACUGUUGUCCAGAUUGCAUUAUCGCAUGCUGAGGCACCUUAUUAGUGCAGACACUAGAGCAACCAUUUUACCAUUAAACAUUCGGCGUGAGAUGUAUAACCGAAAUCUAGUUGUACAUAAUCGAAACUGCAACUUCGCUGCACAUCUCUCUCUUAAAGGGAACGAGAACAGUUGAGCUGAUUGUCUCCACUUUUUACAAUUAUGCUGCAGUAACUGUUUACAUCUCUGUUUUAAUGUCUUCUUUCAGCGCUGGCGCCAUGUCUAAGGCUACAGUCAAGAAGCUGCACUGGCGUUCCAAAGUUCAGGAGAGCUUCGUUCCUCUGGGUGGAGCCUCUGGAGAGCUGGGUGUGGCCAUUGGAGGUGGCGCCGAUUAUGGCGAGUUCCCAUUCGUCACAGCAGCACCCGGAGGAGGCGCCACAGUGGGUGACAUCAUCCUGGAGAUUGGCGGCACUCCUGUCCUGGGCAUGACCCUGGGAGACGUCAGAGGGGUUCUAAAUUCGUGUCCUCAUCCCAUUCGCAUCAAAACCGUUUCACCAGGCUCCACUCUGUGUAAAGACCUGAGAUUAUAUUUAAGCAAGUGCUUCACACCUGGAUCCAUGGACAGCCAACUGCAACAGGUCAUACGGGAGAACCUUUACCUGCGCGCUGUGCCCUGUACCACCAGGCAGCCGCGGGACGGGGAGAUCUCCGGAGUGGACUACAACUUCGUCUCAAUUGAGGAGUUCUUCUCUCUGGAGGAAUCAGGAGCUCUGCUUGAGAGCGGCAAGUUCAAAGGGAACUACUAUGGUACGCCACGGCCGGUCCACAUUGGGCCCGAAAGCCCACCUAUCACCUACCAGGAGCACCGCAACCUGCUGAGGAACUUCCGCACACGCAGCAAGUCCCUCAGUAACCUGGAGAAAGCUGUCGAAGAGGGGGACAACAGUGAGGAAGACUCUGGUCUCUCAGCUGGUUCUGCAGGAGCGAGCAGUGCCCCUACUACUACUAUUGUUUCGCCAAAUCAGACGUGGGACUCCGGUGGACCUCGGGAUGGUGGUGUCCCGGUAGAGAAUGGUGCCCGUGGAGGUGCGCUGCCUGAAAACUGGGAGAUGGCAUUCAGUGACUCAGGAGAACCUUACUACAUCGAUCAUAACUCAAAGACGACGAGCUGGCUGGACCCGCGGACUCACAGCAAAGAGGUGGUCAGCAAGACGGAGUUACCUCCAUUCACAGACCAGCCAUCUGAACUGAAGGGCUAUUCCAUCCACACACGUCUCUCCAAAGGGCCACGAGGUUUUGGCUUUAACAUUGUUGGGGGAAGCAGACCCAGAGAAUUCCUGCAGGUGUACAGCGUCACACCUGGAGGCCCACCUGCCCUUAACACAGCGGACAUCCUGGUCUACAUUAACGACACAUGUGUGCUGGGUAUGUCCCACAAGGAGGUGGUGGAGAUGCUGAAGGCCGUGCCUAUGGGCCACAGUGUGGAUGUGGUGCUGCGUAGGGGCUAUCCCAUGCUUUACAAUCCUGAUGGCUGCCCCAAGACCAGCCUGUCUUCACCCUCUGAUCCCAGCCCAGGGUCUGCCCAGGCCCCACCUCACAAUCUGAACCGUUCCACCUCCCACCACAACGGUUUCUACCCUCGGAUGCAAAAAGAGCCUUUAGACACCAACGGUAAUGUGGCAGCCCCGCCUAGCUACCACAUGCCCAAUGGAAACUCAGUAGACAGAACUGUAGGGAUUGCAGGCCUACCCUCAAAUCUGCCAAUGGCAAGGUCGGAGAGACUGAGCUCAAGCCACAGUGAUACAGAGGUCAGCACUGUCGUCACACGCAGAGCCUCACUCAUUCGCAGCUACAACAACAAUACCCUUCCUGCCCCAUCUCUGGCUCACCAGAACUCCAAGUCUUCCGAGAGUGAUCUGUCCAGCGGUGCCCUCCCUCUGCCGCAGCCUGAGGUAGGAAGUGCACCAGCGCCGCCGGGUGUCCCCAGUGCCCAACGCCCACUCGUGCCCCCAACUGAGCUGCCACCCUGUGGCUUCAAUGGCUGCCCGGCCAGCAACCCCCCUCGGCCUGCCCCAGGCAACCUGGGAUCGCCUGGGGCUGGCACAGGAGGUGAGCUUGUGCCUGUGGCCCUGGGGAGAAGCGAGGGAGGGGGCAUGGGCUUCAGCGUGACAGCAGGCGGGCAGGGCGGGCAGUUGGCGCUGAUCAAGCGGGUGUGGGACCGGCGCCAGUGCCCGUCCCUGCAGCCGGGCGAUGCCAUCAUCAAGAUCAAUGGCGCUGAUGUGCAGAGCCUGAGCUUCGCACAGGUACAGAGAGUACUGCAAGAGCAUACCAGACAGGGUGAGGUGGUCUUACUGGUUUACAGAGGAGGAAACGUCCCUUCUCCUGUCACCCCAAACUCGUACAACAGCGUUCCCCCACCCCAGGGCCCUCCAGAUUUGAUGUCCCCUUCAUCAGAUGGCCCCACAACUAGCCAAAGCACCCUAUCCCCCCAGUCGCCCUCCAACGAGCUCCCUCCUUUGGUCCAGAGCACCAGCUUUCUGGACUCUGUGCCUGUUACACUGACCAUGGAGCCACGGGACUGGAUGGGGGUUGAGGACGUGGCUGUGCAGGGUCCUCGUCUGCCUUCCUCUAAUGCCCUUGGAGCUGUGUCCAAAACCCAGCCCGAGGGUAGAGGAGCAGUGCCUAGCAAAUCUUUGGAGGUGGAGCUGAGGAGAAGGCCUGGAGAGGGUUUUGGCUUUGUCAUCGCCACACAGGACAUGACAAAUGGCUCAUCGUCGCUGUUCUCUCACAGGUUUGUGACUGUGCGGAGGGGCAGUCCAGCAGCACGCAGCGGUCAGAUCCAGCAGGGUGAUCAUCUGGAGGCAGCGGAGGGCCGCUCUGUGCUCACACUGCCUCACAGAGAGCUGGCACAGAUCCUGCGGCGAGCAGGAAACACACUCCGCCUCACCAUCAUCCCGCGCUCCAACAACAAUGCCUCCAACCUGACAGAGUACACAGACUUUGAUGCAGAUAACAAGUUAAGAAAAGGGCACAUAGCCAAACAAAAGGACCCACGGUAUUACAGUGUGGACCUGGAGAGAGGCCCGACUGGGUUUGGCUUCAGUUUGAGAGGGGGAAGCGAGUACAACAUGGGACUCUAUGUGUUGGGGUUGAUGGAGGGAGGACCAGCAUCCCGCAGCCAAAAAAUACAGGUGAGUGAUCAGCUGGUGGAGAUUAACGGGGACAGCACAGUAGGCAUGACGCAUAGCCAAGCCGUGGAACAGAUCCGCAAAGGAGGACACCGCAUCCACCUGGUCCUGAAGAGAGGAAACGGAUACGUACCCGACUACGGCCAUGAAGGUGGAGCAGCCUCCCCCUCCUCCUUCCACUCUGAGGAACCAGGUGAGAGUGGAGUGGCUUUCUCCUUGCCAAGAAUCAUUGAGAAAGGGGUGGACAGAGAGGCAGAGAGACGAAAGGGGCGGAGAAAAGGAGGCAGCAGCCGAGGAGGAGCAGAGGAGGAGAGGAGAGGCACUCCUGAGAUUGAGCGGGCUUCGGGUGACUUGGUUAGCAUCACAGCGAGCUCCCACUCAGGGAGGAAGAGAGAGAGAGAGAAACCAACCCAGAGUACAACCAAAAAGGCUCCAAGAAGUACAGAGGGGGAGGUAGAGGAUGUGCAGCAAAGAGAGAGGAGGGAGAAGGAGAAGAGGAGGAGUUCAGGAGGCAGAAGGAGCAGAGUGAAAACUGGAACAGAAGAGAGGGAACAGGAAGAGGAAAGGGAGCGGUCAGAUUCAAGAGGGAGGAGGGGGAGAGAUGAAAAGAAGGAGGGAAAAAGGAAGGGAAAAAUAGAAAACAACAAUGAUGUCCCUGAGGGUGCAGAAGAGGUCACUGGGGUCACACAGAAAGCACCCUUCUCCUUCCUCAUGUCUCUGGAUGACGAAGGUAAUCUUUCUGACGCCGACUCUGCACUCAGUUUUUCGGAAGUCAGCGUGUCUGCAGCUAGCAUUUCGUUUGCAGGGGCACAGUGGCCCCUUGACCCCAGAGACCUCAGCAACUCCCAUGAGAUCCCUGACACCCCAAACCUCACCCCGGGCCCAUGGCUCGUCCCCAGCCCCCAUAAACUCUCUCAGGUCUUAGAAGGAAACCGGCUGAGCCAACAUUCAGGAGGCCUGUGGUUCUGAAAAGCUUAUUCUCUCUGAACUCUCUCUCUCUCAUACACACAGACACACACACACACACACACACACACACACACACGCAUGUCAUUUUCAGACCAGCACACCGCCAUCAUCCUACCAGCCCUCCAGCCCACCUUGAAAAACCCCACACCUGUGUUCACAUUUUCAAGAAGAGCCGCUCAAUUGCAACCAGUGCCCAUGUCUGCAGUCCAGGCAAACUGAAAUUACCAUCACCCAGAGGUCAGCGAAACAGAAGGAGAGAGCAUGCUGCCAUCAUGGCAUGGUUCUGAUCGGUUGCUAACCUGCAAGGCAAACCCAUAUGCGUGUAUGUAUUCAUAGUGUUGUUCAUAGCAUGUACAAGUUUAUUUUUUAAUCUGGUCAUUUUGACAUUUUUUUUCUUUUUUAUUUUGAUAUUUUAUUUUCUUAUGAAUGCAUUAAGAUUCUAUUACAGAAAAAAAAGAGGAAGAUUUAUUUAAGAUCUGUAUUAGCUGCUUGCUUUUCUGUGACCAGACUGUAACCCUCUCCCCCACUGGGUGUGUCGAUCUAGCUGUCCGUGCUGGGGAAAGGACGGGGAAAGAACUGUUUUAUUACGAGGCUAGCGAGCCAUCUCAGACUUCUCCAGGUGCCUUCUGCUUCUUUAGCUGGUGUUUACCAAAAAAAAAAAAAAAGGAAUCUAUAUAAUAUAAUAUUUAAAAAAAAAAUUCUCAAAUGAAGAAAAUAUUUAAUGAAGUAGCAAAGUAGAGAGUGUGCAAUUAAGCAUUCUUCUGCCUCUUGAACUAUAAACCUUUGCAAGACUCAGUACACAAGACAGAGGACAAAAAAAAAAUAAAUUCUGCACACAUUCUGCAACCGGUCAGCGAGUCAUUACAAGUGCCUCAUGUGAUUAUUCCUUUACGUGAAACACUAGACUUCUCUUAAGAGGUCUGUGUGAAUUCAGGAUCCCAGAGCUUUUGUUUCUCAUGUUUCUCACAUUUGUGUUUAGAACUGGCGUUUCAAGGCCGUUCCAGAUUCCCAGCACAUUUUCAAAAUCGCAGAAAAAGAAACCAAGGCCAAUGAGAUCCCAUUUGCUCAGCCCUCCUCCAGUCUGCAUCAAGACCGCUGUUACCACAUCUGUCACUCACUCUCUAGCUUCAUCUGUUGAUCCCUCGUUUCAGGAGAUUAAAAAAAGGGCAUUUUGAUACUGGUCUUCUAUGCAUUUUGUAAGACUUACUGAUCAAAAUUGCAGAGGCGUUUGUUUUGGUUUUCUUUUUUUUCCUCCUUUUUCUACUGAGGCCUAGAUUGGGAAUAUUAUGUACUAUCGAAGCGCAGGUGGGAUGAUUGCUGGGAUGUGACUGGCGUGGAACGUAAGAGAUUUUCUGAGGUGAUCUAGUGUCAGACGUACUGCAGCACCAGCUUAUGCAUCUCUCUUUACCUCUGACUGUCUAAGCAAUAAGAGGCCAUCUCCGUGUUUUCCGUUUCAGUAUACGCAGCGUAACUUUAUGCCCAAAAAUAUUCACAACAGAGCAGUAUUUCAAGUAAUUGAUUUAAAAAAAAAAAAAAAAAAAAAAAAAAAAAAAAAAAAAAGGACAAGCAUUUCAUAAUGCAUUUGUGAGAUUUAGAACACUGGUAGAUGCUUAUGCAGGAUAUGUCUUCUUAUUCAUGCUGUAUGUAAUAGCAUGUGAUAAGCAUAUAUCGAGUUAAAAGGAGUCCAAACGUAUUAUAAGAAUAUAAGUAAAGUUUAAGUUCAUUUACCUAAUGGAGACCUUAUCCAGCCUACAUGUCCACUUUGUAUUUGAUACCUAAAAGGGCAAAACGUAACAAAACCCUCCAUCGUGUUUGUGUUGAAUUGGGAUGAAUUGUUAAUGUUUGGUAACGUUUUUCAUGUCGGAGAGACGGUACUGUAGCAGAUGCUUCUUGUAAAGCAAAGACUAUUGUACAUAAAGAGAAAUCCCAGAAAACUUGUAGGCUUUACAC